CGGCAACUGCUUGCCAAAGGGCGUGAGUUUUUGCUCCAGAUUGAAGCUUCUCUCAUCGAUGAACAGGAAGAACAUUGUUUUACAAUCCAUAAGCGUACUGCACUUCGUUAAAUGCAACUCAUUUAAGCAAAUAGCAAAACCAGGAGAGGUACGAAAUUACUACAUAUCAAAAUGGACAUAAUAUUAGCUUGACAAACCACAAACCUUGACUCAAUUUUGAGCAAUCAUAAAAAAUAUUUGCAUACUAUCCAAUAUGCUAGGCUUACUUCAAAUUAUGGCGUCCUGUGGACUGUUCUUUACUGGGACUUGUACUGAAGUGACUGACACAGUUAUACAUCAGGGGGAAUACACAAGCGGUGGCGUUUUCCACUGGCAGGGUAAAGUGGACAUGUCAAUACCAACUGACCUGCCAGAGGCUAUAACGAACUGGAAGAUGGUCAUAUACCUUGAGGACGGAAGGGAAAUCACAAGUGUGACGCAGGUCAAUUAUGCCGGAGCUUUUCACAGCAUCUGUCCCAUCGAUCCCACAGAAACUACGGCGAACUACUUUAUCCUGAAGCCAUACAAUGCUGGGGCCCGUGCUAUUAGCCCCGGUGCAACUCUACAAUUAGAUUUUACAGUGAAGGUCGUGGGUAAUACUCGACCACAAGCUAGAGCGGUUCUACUUGUAAACCCAACUAGUGCUUUAGAUCCCCUCUGUACAAGUCAAGCUCCAGCAGAUUCAUUAACCACCACAGAAACAACAGACGCCCCAACCACUACAGCAACAGACGCUCCAGCUACCAUAACAACAAGAGACCCUUCAACAUUUAUAACAAUAACAGGUACCAUGGUAACAAUAUCAAGUUAUUCAACAACAGACGCUCAAACAACUACAGUAACAACAGAAACUGUACACACUAGUAGUCAACCAACAACCAUCACUACCCAGACAACUGCUACUUCAAAUGAGUUAGACAGCUCAAGUUCUUCGGAAGAAAACACCGAAUCUACACAAAGUGCAACGUCCGAAUCGACAACGUUGGUAUUCGAUGAUACAACUGACACAAUAAUAUCAGAUGCAACGACUGUGCCUGUAUCUACAAGGACACUGUUACCCUCUGUGUAUCGUUAUAGUUACAGGCGUCCCAAAGCUCUUCAAAUGGAGCCAGACGAAGCAGAGAACGCUGCGACGGUGGGAAUCAUAAUGUCAAUUUUAGCAAUAUUGCUUAUAUUGGCCAUAGCUUCGGUAGACAUUGAUGCACUAAUAAGAGACAUCAAAUGGGCACGUUAUAACGUAAGAUAUGGAUUUCGGAGAUUAGCUAAUAUACCUAUAGAUGCAUCGGAUCAUUACGAACAACGUCGAACAAAAUCAAAACGACGAAAAAGCAAAAUGAAAGCUUCAGUAGAAGACAAUAGGUCCCCAGUACAGACAUUGCUUUGGGAGAACAAUAAUGAUAGAAGAGUCGGUAGACUGGGUAGUUUCAGCGACUAUAGACUAAGUAUUAUCCCAAAUCAAGUAUCACCCGAUGAGGAUAAUACUUAGCAAUUUCACAAUUCAGAUUCCGAGCAACAAUAGGCUAGCGACCGAAUCACGAAAUCAAUCGACAAAGUAAACUAUAUAUAAUGCAUCAUAUAUUACCUAUAUUGUAUUAGCCUGUAAAGUACUUUACCUGCCAUUAUAUACUUUUAUACAAUUCAUUGUAUUUUUUCACU